AUGAUUUCAACUUCAACGCCAAAUUUCCUCGAAUUAAUCAAAUCGCUUCGAAUGAAUGAUAGAAAAGCCUACUAUCAGCUACGACAACAAUUCAGCCAUAUAUCUUUAUACGAUGGAGCAAGACGUUGGUUGAGACUAGAUUUCUCUUGGUCUGAUACCGUAUCUUUUCUCCAUCAAGCCAAAACCAGAGGCGUUUUCGUUAUACGACAAAGCCAGACUGAUCUUGGUCACCUAAUUCUAAGUGUAUUAGUUAUACCCAAUUUCGAUCCCGAAUGUCGUGCUAGCCUCAAUGCUAGCAUUAUUGACUAUGAAAUUACCUAUCGAAAACGUUUCCAGCGCUAUGAAAUAUUUGAUAAAGAAAAGGACGGAUUUGCAUACUUUAACAAUUUAAAUGAUUUGGUUCGUUUUUACUCCAGCAUAUCCGGCCUUGACUGCAGAUUAAACGUUCCGGCAACAGAAUGUUGUCUUUUACGCUACGAAGCAAUCUAA